CCAAGCACCCGCAUCCCACCCACCCCCAGCCGCCCUGUACACCAUCUUCGCCAGAGCAGUAGCCCUGUUAGCUCCCCACAACCUGUCACUACCCACCCUCAGAAAGCCCCCUCAUGUCACGGAAGGAGCCAGGCAAUGUACCUCCUCCCAAUGCACCGGCGACAAAGGACGCGCCAAUAAUGCUGGAGCCUGAAGCAAUGUCUUUACGGGGAAGGGGCUCCGUGUCUUCGACAGUAUCUUCCGAGCCAGACUAUUCCCAACUUCACCUAUCAGAAGGACCACAAGCGACUUCGCCGGCAUCCCGCAGCCCCCGCCCUUCGCGCUCCCCUAGAAAGUCUCUCGUUCCCGACGAGCACCCUCCCAAAAGACGUGUGUCUCCUCUCAUGAAGCGGCUAGGUGAAGAACCUCCCUUCAUGCUUCCCCACCCUUCUCGCUCGGAAUCAACCUUCUACCCAGGCGUUGUCAUCGGCUCUUUCGCCGGCGGCAGCGGGUCAAACUCCAUCUUUGGACAAGACAUGCAGCUGGACGGCAGUAUGGAUGAUAUACUCGACCCCAACGCUCGAUCAGACUCCAAACCAGGGCAGGGUAGACAGCCACAGGCCGGAGCAAACAUUGCGCCCUGGCUGCAAGACGAUGAGCCCCCGUCGCGGUCGCAUGACCCCACGCCGACAGCGCAAGAUCCCGCGCCAGGGAAUGCGGCGACGGUCAGAGAGAAGGAUAAAAAGUCUUCCUCUGUGCUGAACCAUUUCUCGUCAGUUCCUACCUUGCCAAAGAUACGGCGAUCCGGCACAGCAGACGGGACGGUAUCGCCCUUGCCUGCCUCCGGUACUGCUACUCACUCGCCAUCGGGCCUUGCUUCCUCGUCUUCCAGUAUCAAUACGGAAGGCAGAACAUCGCGCGCCGGUUCUGGCGAUUCGCUACAGACUCUGCCUUCAGGAAAGGGCCGGAGAAUGAGUCCUGCAGAGCUGGGGCAAGGAAAAACCGGUACGCGGGCGGGGAGGUUUGGUAGUACGGCCAGUGCCGCCAGUGGAACGUCAAGUACGGGGGAGAAAAAGAAGGGCUUUUUGGGGGGACUGCUGAAGAGAAAGGGGCCAAAUCUUUCGCUCAAUCCAAUAAAUGAUGGCGCUUUCGAUCACCGCGGCAGCACAUCUUCCAUACCCGGGUCAACAUCUUCCAGAGGAUCCGUAUCGUCCACGGGCACCCGCUCUCCCGCAGCAUCGACUGACCGUCCCACCGACCCCUUCUUCAAAGCGUUCCACUCCACUCACAAUCUCGGCUCAUACGUCCCGGAAGACGCCGUCUCACCAUCGUACGAAGGUAACGAGACACCAUUCCAUCUGGAUAUGAAUCUGGACGAUAUGGAGGGUAUCAUCGAUCCCAGUAAAGCCGGACUGCCUACAGCGGGUGGGCCUACACAUACCCCGCCUUCGGGUUUCCGACCACCUGCUGCAUCCGUCGCUGCCACAGAAAGCUCCGUGGGCUCGACCGGUGUGCGCGAGCCGGCAAACCAAAUGAGCUCGUUUGGCACCAGCAUAUCGUCUUCCAGCGAGUCGGGCCCUUCACACACUGGGCCUGGGUCAGAUGAUAAAAACGUGGGAAGACGCUUGAUAGGAGAAGCAGAGAGGCAGCAUGGGUCGUUUACUCAGACGAAUCCUUUCAAACCGGGAUCCUCGUCGGGAUCAGCAGAUCUUCGGCCACCUUACAAUCCGCCGUCACCGCACUCUCUUCAAGCGAAAAACCAACUCCCUCCUUCUGGUGCAAAUCUGCCUCGAAGACCGUCAGCGCUGAGAAAUGUGGAGAUGGGGAACGCAGGCGAGAAGCUGGAGGAAGAGAGCUCGCCAGAUGGGUCGCAAUCCAUGUCGCCGGUUUGGAGAGCGCGAGGUCACAGUGCGACACUGUUCCAGGAUCCAUUCUCCGGCUCCCACAAGGGUGGCAACCCCCCACCAUCUGCAGGUCUCUCUCCGUCCACCCUUGUGCAUCCUCCGACAUUACUCCCUGCGGCAGAAGCGGGCCCGGGCCCGAGUACGUUGGCUCAGCAGUCACUCGCUCCCCCGGGCGCUGCUUGGGCAGCCCCAGAGUCGUGGGGCGUGGAAGCCGAUGAAGAUGGGCCUGGGGAAGAAACCACAUCGUCCAGUGACGACGACUGGGUCGGCGUCGGAGAGGAAGAGGAAGAUGAACCUUUGUCACCUAUUAUGGCCUCGCCACCUUUAACUAGUCCAACCAGCGAUACUUUCCCCUCCCCAACCCGCAUACCGCCGUCGCCAAAGAAGGCACCGCCAUUCGGGUUCAAAUCGCAGCAGCAGAGGACGAGGCCGGGAACGGCGAAUACGACUGGGACGACUGGGACGACUGGGACGAUCGGGUCAGUGGGGAGGAGAAAGAAUGGAAAGAGGGUGGGAAGUUCGGCGGGGAGACCAGGGACGGGCAUACGGCCAGGGACGAGCGGAAGUGUUCAUUCGGGAGGUUUGUAUUGGGCGAGGAUAUAUAGAGCAGACAAUUCGUACGGAUUGUACAACCUGCCGCUGAAUACUACGACCGCCGAACUACUGGCAGUCCUUUCCAAUGACCAGACACCAGGCGGACAGAAGAAGGUUGCCACAAAUAUGAAGCUGUAUAUCUGCGAACGAGGUCAAGAUCGGAUUCUGUCGCCUUCGGAAAAGCCCAUCGCUAUCCAGCACAGAAAACUGCUCCAGAUGGGUCACACGGAGCAAGAUAAUCUUGAAGAAUUGGGCAAGAGCGAUUUGGCCAUACUAUGCCGAUUCAUCUACCAGGCUCCAAUCCUGCCGAUCAUGAACCCUGAGGAAGAAAGUUCGUACGACUCUUUCGAGUUCAUCGACAUCGCCGGUCGUGAUUUGCAGACCAUUCCCAUCUUUUUGCACCUCCACGCUCACGACAUCAUCAUCCUCAAUGUGUCUCGAAACCCCAUGAGCGACAUCCCACUCGAUUUCAUCCAAGCGUGUACGGCCCUCAAAGAGCUUCGCAUGUCGAAUAUGGCUCUCAAACGGGUCCCCAAUAGCAUCCGAGCAAGUCAAACGCUAGCUCGAUUGGAUGUAUCGUGUAACAGGAUCGCCGACCUGGAAAGUGUGGCAUUGAACGAGGUGGAGACGCUCGUCUCGUUGAAGGUACAGAACAACAAGCUUACUUCGAUGCCGAGUUAUUUCGCGCAAAUGAAGAGCUUGAAGUAUCUCAACAUCUCAAAUAACAAAUUUGAGAACUUCCCCGCUGUCGUUUGCGAGAUGAGUAACUUGGUAGACUUGGAUGUCUCGUUCAACAACAUCACCGAGCUACCAGCGAAGAUGAGCGAUCUCAAAUCAUUGGAGAAGCUGGGGCUGUACUCUAACGAGAUCACGCAUAUGCCCAAGUCCUUCUCCACGCUCGCCAAUCUGCGCAUACUUGAUGUGCGGAGAAACAACAUUACGGAUCUAUCGGUUGUCUAUGCUCUGCCCAAUUUGGCGACAUUGCAAGCAGAUUACAACAACGUUGUCACCCUCGAUGCCCAACUUGGCGCAAACGUCCGUCAAUUUUCUGUCCCUCACAAUUCUGUCACUCGCUUCACCCUCGCCCCUCCUCCCAAUAUGGCCAUUGUGACCUACAUGCUCAUGAACCUAGAUCUUUCGCAUGGCAAGAUCUCCACUCUGGCCGACGAGGCUUUCAGCGGUUUGACCAAUCUGGUCACGCUAAACCUGAAUUUCAACCAGUUUACGAGGUUGCCCACCACGUUGAACAGAUUGACGAAUCUCGAAGUCUUCUCGUGUACCGACAAUAUGUUGAACACUCUGCCAGUCGGUUUCGGCAAGCUGCACAAGCUCAGGAUUCUCAAUCUACACAACAAUAAUCUGAAGCGUUUGCCCAAUGACCUCUGGAGUUGUUCGUCUCUCGAGGUUUUCAACGCGAGCUCCAAUCUUAUCGAUGCUUUCGAAGGACCUCCGGACGAUAUGGAUUUCAGAGUGGGCAGAGGGUCAACGACGAGUCAAGGCAGUGGGAACGGAAGAGGUAAGGAAUCCAUCUCUCCGUUGGGAAAGAGCAUGCGCAAACUGUUCCUUGCCGAUAAUCGUCUCAAUGACGAUGUCUUUCACUGGAUCUCGCUCCUGCCGUUCCUUCGCGUCAUCAACCUUUCCUUCAAUGACAUCUACGAGGUGCCCGCUUUCACCCUGAGCAGAUGUGAGAAGCUUGAGGCGCUGUAUCUCAGUGGGAACAAGCUGACAAGCUUGCCGGCGGAGGAUUUGGAGAAGCUUCAGAAUCUAAAGAUUUUGCAUUUGAACGGGAACAAGCUCCAGACGUUACCGAGUGAACUGGGUGCAAUCAAGACGUUGCAACAUCUUGAUGUUGGAAGUAACGUGCUCAAGUAUAACAUUGCCAACUGGCCUUAUGACUGGAACUGGAAUUGGAACACUUCGCUUCGAUACCUCAAUCUGUCAGGGAACAAGCGGCUGGAGAUCAAGCCCACGUCCGCGCAAGACAUGACUCACGCUUCGUCUUUUCGCCGAGAGCUGUCCGACUUUACUGCUCUGUCCCAGCUGCAUGUCCUCGGUCUCAUGGACGUUACUCUGCGUAUCUCCUCCUUACCCGACGAGUCCGACGACAAGCGAGUCAGAACGUCAUUCUCAGACAUCAACAAUAUGGCCUAUGGAAUCGCAGAUACUCUGGGUCAUAUCGAUCACCUUGCCAUGUUUGAUCUUGUCGUCCCCAAUUUCAGAGGCAAGGAUAACGAGUGUAUAUUCGGAAUGUUCGGCCGAGCUACGGUCACGCAGAGGCCAGGCAAGAUCGCAAAGUAUCUACAAGAGAUCUUUGCCGAAACGCUCGCCCAUCAUCUUGAAAAAUUACAGCCUGAAGAAGAUACGAGUGAAGCCCUUCGUCGAACCUUCAUGUCUACCCAUCGCAAGUGCUUUGAAUACUUUGUUGGGCAAGUCAAGAUUGAGAAUGAGCGCAAGCCGUCAUGGACGAGUUUCGCCAGUUUCGACAGCAUGUUCCGAGGCUGGUCACCUGGCCCCGCUUCCACGUUGAAGACCGGAGCCUCUGGUGCGGUCGUAUAUCUGAAGGAGAAGGUGCUUUACGUCGGCAGCAUAGGAGACAUGCUUGUUGUACUCUCCCGCAAGGGUGACGCGGAACUUCUCGCCAAACGCCAUGAUCCCACCGACAGGGAAGAAGUUGCUCGAAUCCGAAAGGCCGAAGCUUGGGUUUCCACCAAGGGUUUUGUCAAUGAUGACAAAGACCUCGACAUCUCGCGUGCAUUUGGUUAUUGGCAUGAAAUGCCAGCUAUCAAUGGCGCCCCCGAGAUCCGUACUCGAACCCUUCAAGAGUCUGACGAGUUUGUCAUCAUCGGUAAUCACGCUCUUUGGCAGUUCUGUUCUUAUCAGACCGCUGUCGACAUAGCCCGGACUGAGCGCGACGACCCUAUGAUGGCCGCUCAAAAGCUCAGAGACUUUGCCAUAUCGUAUGGUGCCGAGGGCAAUAUCAUGGUCAUGGUCGUGAAUGUCUCCGAUCUUUUCUUUGGCAGAAACGGUGUUCGCACUCGCGGGUCCUCCUCCCAAACGCCCACGGAUAUGAUCCCGGAGCAAGAAUCAUAUUCUACAGCCAAACGUGUCGGCAGAAGGAGAGCCGAAGAGGUUGGUGACCGGACUCUAAACCGUCUUCAACAGGAAAUCGAACCUCCCACUGGACAGGUGGCCAUCGUUUUCACCGACAUUGUCAACUCGACAUAUCUUUGGGAGACCAACCCGGCCAUGCCCACCGCUAUCAAAAUGCAUCACAAUCUCAUGCGCCGGCAGCUUCGACUCGACGGAGGUUACGAGGUCAAGACUGAAGGCGAUUCCUUCAUGGUCUCUUUCCAGUCUGUCACUGCCGCUGUGCUGUGGUGUUUCAACUGCCAAAUCGGUUUGCUCACGGCGGAAUGGCCAAGAGAGUUGCUGGAUGCGGCGGACGGAAAGGUCACUCGUGAUUCGAACGGUGUGAUCGUGCAACGUGGGCUGCGUGUGCGUAUGGGUGUUCAUUGGGGCUCGCCAGAGUGUGAACGGGAUCCGAUCACGCGGCGGAUGGACUAUUAUGGGCCUAUGGUCAAUCGAGCCGCCCGUAUCAACGCCAGUGCGGAUGGAGGUCAAUUGAUGGCCAGUCGGGAUGUACUCAACGAGAUAUCUGUCUUUAUGGAGUAUCUCAAGACCACCGACGAACAGGCUCUUGACGAACUGCAGGGAGAUUCAAAGAGGGAGAUUAUGGAGCUGCGAAGGAUAGGCGUAGAGGUCAGAGAUAUGGGUGAUAGGAAGCUGAAGGGUCUUGAAGUCCCUGAAAGGCUCCAUCUGCUUUAUCCCAAAACCCUCUGCGGUCGCCUGGAAAUUUCCAACGAGAUUCGCCCGGAAGUCGAAGUCAACGAUGUUAGGAAACAUGCUGAUCGUCAUCGAAUGAUUGAUGUCGAACAAGUUCACCAGCUGUCCGCUAUCGCCCUUCGUCUCGAGGCCGUCUGCUCGUACAGCCCGCCGGCUCCCACGUCUCCCGGAGUAUCGCCUCAGCCAGUAGUGCAAAGGAUGCCUGUGCCGCCAAGUUAUCUCGGACCGAGUAUAAAGGAGGAAAUGAGCGAUGAGGAACUUGCGGUGAUUGUGGAAAGCUUGGUGGGAAGGAUCGAGAAUGCGGUGUCGACGUUGUAUCUGAAGAAUUUUGGAGAAUUCGGUGGCGUUUUGGCUGCCCUUCAGACUGCCACCAAAACGGACCCAAAGCUCAUUAUACAUGCGCUGUCCCUCAUGAACGGGGCUAUGGGAAAGGAGAGAGCCAUCGAGGGAGAAAGAUAGUAAUGUAGGGUCAGUGGGCAUCAUUAUACGAUCAGCUAUCAUUGGGCGUAGCGCAUAGUUCCUGUAUGUAUUGGUAUCAAGAGGUUCUCAUCG